CGCACCAAGCGAUUGAGCAGCACGCGCCGGCCAGCGGUGCACAGCUGCACACGCUCAUCUGCAGGAUGCACGGGCGAGGCGCACUUCUGUCCGCCGCGGCCGUCUCGGCCCUCAUUCUUCUAGUUUCGUAUGUGUCUAGGGACAGUGGGCGCGCGCAGACAGACAAUCGGGACUCCCAGCCUAGCGCCCUACGGUUGGAAAUCAGGCGCAGACACAAGGAACUUCUCCCUUUCUACAACGACCAGGACGAAGAGGCUCCAGGCGUUGUGGACAAAUUCGCGCGGACUUUAGAGCACCUGGACGAUUGGAAUAUAAGGGCACUCGGUGCCAGCGUCGCCUUGCUCGGGUGCGACGAUCUGCGUUACAUCACGCUAUUCGAAUCCCUGGGAUCAGGCUACACGAAGGCAGUGCUGAGAGGCGCCCUGCCGAACGGAGCCGCGAUCGCCAUCAAGUCAGUGAAUGGCCAGGGAAUCGACAUGCAGCGCUGUUUGGAUGACUUCGGGGACUUGGAGGGCUGUUACCGGCUGGUGUCUUACAAGCUUAUCAAGGAGAUUCUCCUGCUGCAGAGGCUUCAACACCCAUCGAUGAUUAGGCUCAAGGGACACUGCUACCGGAGAGAGCCUGACAUGAGAGUGAUGGCGGUCCUGGAGCUGGGCUCCCCUCUUGAGAUGAUUCCACUCCUUCAGACGCCCUGGGAGGAGCGGUUUCGGAUUUGUAUAAGCCUUGUGCGGCUACUUCAUUACUUGGCCCACUCUCCACAUGGCUCAGUGGGCCUGCUUGACUUUCAGCCGCGUCAGUUUGUGUUGGUGGAUGGGGAGCUGAAGCUAACAGACAUAGAUGAUGCCACCAUUGAAGAAAGAAUGUGCUCCUCAGACCGCGACUGCAUCUUGGAGUUUCCCACCAAGAACUUUUCUGUCUACUGUGAUGUCACAAGGAGAUGCCAGGGUCUGAAUGAGAAGAGGAACCUUUAUAAUGCUUUCAGGUACUUUUUCACAUAUCUGCUCCCUCACCGCUCACCUUCUGCGUUCCAGACCCGCCUGGAAAAGAUUAUGAACCAAACAGGAAACUUAAAUAUUGGGAUAAAUGAGACGUUGGAAGCGUUUGAAGAGAUCUUGUACUUAUACAAGUCCGGGCAAUAUCUGCACAAGCUUGUUCUUUCCUCAUUAAAAGAUUAUUCAGUGCAUAAAGGUUUUCGGGUUAAGGAUGAUGGUGAAUACAGAUGCUGGCCCUCAUAUGAUCAUCAAAGAUGUCUGCUGUCUGUUCACAAUGAAGCUGAAGCUGCUGAAAUGUGCAGCUCUCGCCAGCAAUGUGUUGGCUUUACUCUAACUCCACAGAGAACGUGGACAGGACGGCACCUCGUGUCAUUUCACAGCGACGUUGACAAACUUAUACCUGAUGUGUCCUUCUCUGUCUACGUGAGGAAGCCUGUGAGCUCUGGGCCAGGACUGCAGUGAUGAAAGCCUAGCCCUGCCACCCCCCACCAUGGAGGCCCAGGACUUUUGCUUAGAAAAGCACUUGCAUACAGACUCUCACUGCUGCUUCGAUGCAGCGGCUGCCAGAUGUUCCAAGAAGCGCGACUAUUUUCAGCUCCGCGCCGCCAUGCCAAGAAAAACACAAACGUCCCUCAGCCCAGUGCCGCUUCACAUUUCUGUGGCUCCUUCAUAAAUAUUUCCAUCCUUGGAGUCAUCUGGAGAAAACUGCGGCUGUGGGGCAAAUCCCUUUUUCGUUCUUUCUUUCUUUCUUGCUGGAUUUUUUUUUUUUUUCUAUUUAUGAUUUGCACGUACAGUUCCACUCGCCGUGACAAUGCAUCCUAUGGAUGAGGAGAAGCGUCAUGGACUAACGAGUUCUCUUUCAAAGAAAGACAAUGAAUUUAUGAAGCAAAUAAAAUUUUUAAUACA